AUGGGUUUUGGUGAAAUUUGGAUGAAUUGGAUGGAGGCGCUUAUUUUUUCAAGUCAUAUGUCGGUAUUGGUGAAUGGUAGCCCGACAAAAGAGUUUGUGGUAGAAAGGGGUUUGAGACAAAGAGAUCCUCUUUUUCCUUUCCUUUAUGUCAUAGUAGCGGAAGGUCUUAAGGGUUUGGUGAAAAAAGCGGUGGAGAAUGGGGAUUUUAAGAGUUUUGAUAUUAAUAGGGUGUGUAGCAUUGAUAUUCUCCAAUUUGCGGAUGAUACUUUGUUAGUUGGAGAUGGUAGUUGGAAUAACAUUUGUGCGAUCAAAUCGGUAUUGAUGGCGUUUGAGAUUGUUUCGGGUCUUGGCAUUAAUCAUCAUAAAAGAAAGUUGAUUGGAGUUAAUAUUAAUUCUAAUUUUUUGGAUCUUGCUUCUCACUUUCUUUCAUGUAGGUUGGAGGAAAAAAAAUUCACCUUCCUUGGCAUUCAAAUAGGUGCUAACCCGAGGAGGAUUGCAACUUGGAGGUCUCUUGUUAUCAAGUUAAAAAAAGACUUUCUUCUUGGAAGGUGCGAUUUCUUAGUUUUGGUGGCCGAUUAA